CUUUUGAGAUUUGUUCUCUGGCUUCGCUGGGUCCGGCGGGCAGAGGCGGUUCUGACCGUUGGGACUUGGGCGUCGAGCUGGAGUCACCCGAGGCGGAGAGAGGCAGCUUCGCGCCUGGAGCUCCCGAAAGCGGACGGCUCUCCUCCUCCUGUUCCUGAGUAGGAAGGGCUGCGGCUCCUGAGGGCUGCGGGAGACCCCUUCCACACUCCGGGGUGGGAAAACCCCACUGAGCGCCCCGGGAGGUUCCCAGAUACAGUACUGGACUGCAUGCCCAGCUGUGUGAUCCUGAACUGUGCUCUGAUGCUCUUUGUGCCUGGGCUUGCUCAUCUUCCCAUUGAGAUCGUGAUACCCACUUUUCAGGAGUUUUUAUUUAGGAGUUAGAAAUGGAGUCAAUAUAUCUUCAAAAGCACUUUGGGACGUGUUUAACUCAAGGUCUUGCAGAAGUGGCAAAAGUUCACCCAGCGGAUCCAAUAGAAUAUUUGGCAUUGUGGAUUUACAAGUUUAAGGAAAAUGUGACCAUGGAACAACUGAGACAAAAGGAAAUGGCUGAGCUGGAGUGUGAAAGAGAAUUAGCUCUGAUGGAGCAGGAAAUGAUGGAGAGGCUCAAAGCAGAGGAGCUCUUAUUUCAGCAGCAACAGCUGGCAUUGCAGCUGGAGUUGGAAAUGCAAGAAAAAGAGAGGCAGAGAAUAGAAGAACUACAGAGAGCUCAAGAACAAUUAGAAAAGGAGAUGAGAAUGAAUAUAGAAAAUUUAGUUAGGAGUGAAGAUACUCUACGUUCGGAGGAAGCAACACUAGACUCAGGCAAAACACUAGCUGAAACCAGUGGUCGUUUUGGAGCACCUAACUUGAGCAGAGUGGAAGAACUUGAUGAGCCAAUGUUUUCUGAUGUUGCAUUAAACAUGGAUCAAGAUUUGUAAGAUCAACCAACCUAAGAGCAAUAAAUGCUUUUGUUGGUUUCAAAUUUCAAAUCAUGAGGUUCCCAAUUUGUAUUUCUUUUUCCUUCAAACUUGAACUCUACUUUUUUUUUUCCUCUGAGGACAGCUUAUGAAUGAGCUUCAAGAGUAGCCUCAAAGUGCUAUUUUAGAUCUGUCAAUUCAACUGGUUAUUUAUAUGAUUCCAUUGGAAAAAAAGGAGAGUUUGCUGAAGCAACCAAAUGAGGCAAAUGUGAGGUGAGCUGAAAUAACAUGUGCAUCUAUGCAAAAGCAAGACUGCCUGAAAAGAAAGUUGCUGUCCGGGCUCAGUGGCUCACGCCUGUAAUCCCUCUCAGCACUUUCGGAGGCCGAGGCAGCUGGAUCACUUGAGGUCAGGAGUUUGAGACCAACCUGGCCAACAUGGUGAAACCCCAUCUCUACUAAAAAUACAAAAGAAAAUCAGUCAGGUGUGGUGGUGGGCAUCUGUAAUUCCAGCUACUCAGGAGGCUGAUGCAGGAGAAUUGCUUGAACCCAGGAGGCAGAGGUUGCAGUGAGCUGAGAUCAUGCCACUGCACUACAGCCUGGGCAGCAGAGUGAGACUUCCAUCUUAAGAAAAAAAAAAAGAAAGUUGCUGGUCUGGGAGAAGUGAGUGAGGCUGCCACUGUGCAGGGCUCAGGAGGGUGUGCAACAUGCUCUAGAUAUGACAUCUCCUCCUGGGAGUGAACUGCAGAGCUCUCCCCAGUUUGCUGGGAGCUGAUGUUUCAUAAAACCACUUAUCAGCCACACUUAUAUGAUAGGGUUGGGAUGGGGGAAGGAGUGUUUCAUUACUGUCCUGGUGGGGAGUUUCCUCCAGCUUAGCCUGUUCCUCCACACCCAGGAAUAGAUAUGAGGGACUUCCUCUUCCUCACCUCUCUGCCCAGCUGGGUGUCCAGAUUCCUGUCUUUGGGAUUUAUAAAGUCCAGGGAUAUUGCAGGAUUUGUUCACAUACAGUAAAUUGAAUGGGAUGAAACAAAGUUCUGGGGUACAAAGAAGUAUCAUGUGUGCUGGCUCAAUCGGUAAGCUCAAAUAUUGGGGCAACUGUUGGUAAGAAGAUCUGACUGGAUACAGGCCACAAACUCCUGGCCCCUUUGAUGUUUCAGGUCUAUUCUUAGACUCUGGAGAGAACCUUAUUUCCUUUACAAAAUUCUUCCAAAUCUAUGAUAUGAGUCCUUUGUGUUCUUAAGGACAUAGGUGUGAAAACACAAAUGCCAAGAGAGACUCCUUUAAAAAAAAAAUCUAUUUUGGCUUAUAAUGUACUUUUCCUGAGGUAAUGAGUACAGAAUGCCCUAUUUGCUUAAAUGAUGCUGUGGUUUGAAUGUGUCCCCCUCCCUUCCAAAAUACAACUGUGUUGAGAGGUGAGACCUUUAAGAGGCGAUUAGAUCAUGAAGGCUCUGCUACCGUACAUGGAUGAAUGCCACUGCCACAUAAGUGGGUCAGUUACGGUAAGAGUGGGCUUUUAUACAAGUAAGUUUGGCCGCCUCUUGCUUUCUUGCAUUCUCUUGCCCUUCCACCUUCAGCCAUGGGGUGACACAGCAAGAAGGCCUUCACCAGCUGCAGGGCCCUUGACUUGGACUUCCCAGCCUCCAAAACUGUAAGCAAUCAGUGUAUUGCCUUUAUUACCAUUCUGUUAUAGAAAUACAAAAUGGACUAAGACAAAUAGGUAGAAAUAAAAAGGUAAAUUAUGUGAAAAAUAUUGGUUUCAUUAAAUAUGUUAUUCUGUCAUACCAGUUCUAUACAUUUUUGAGAAAAAACUUCCAGGUCUCCUGGAGAGAUAGAUGACUUCUGUGUGAAUUCAGUUGCCAGGCACUGUGCCCCCAGCAUGGAUGCCUACAUUCACAUCUACCCAGGCAAGAGUAUCCAAGGGAAACAAGGAGCAGAGUGUCCUUCCAGGCCCUGGUUCAUCCCAAAGGGCACCAUCACGGAGGCCUGUGAGUAAAAGACAUGCUCAAAGAGUUUUGGGCUCAGCACAGCCUAUGACAGUUUCCAGGGGGUGUGGCUUGAUGAAUGACUUUUUUUUUUAAUGUGUUUUUGAAUUCAGUUUGCAAGUAUUUUCUUGAAGAUUUUUGCAUCAAUAUUCAUCAGUGAUAUUGGCCUGUUGUUUUCUUUUCUUGAUGUGUCUUUUUCUGGUUUUGGUAUCCAGGUAAUACUGGCUUAGUAGAAUGAGUUUGGAAGUAUUCCUUCCUCCUCGAUUUUUUAGAAUAGUUUGAGUAGGACUGGUAUUAGUUCUUCCUUAAAUGAUUGCUGGAAUUCAGCAGUGAAACCUUCGGGUCCUAGGCUUUUCUUUGCUGGGAGACUUUUUAUUAUGGGUUCAACCUCGUUACCUGUUAUUGAUCUGUUCAGGUUUUAGAUUUCUGCAUAGUUCAAUCUUGGUAGGUUGCAUGUUUCUAGGAAUUUAUCCAUUUCUUCCACAUUUUCCAAUUUAUUGGCAUGUAGUUGCUCAUAGUAGCCACUAAUGAUCCUUUGAGAUGGCUGAUUGCUAACAGCUUGGGAUUGUAGCUCCCAGUGAAAGUGCAGAGAAUGAGAGGAUGCCACACUUUCAGAUGAAUUUUUGUCGCUCACGGACCAGAAGAUUCCCAGCAGAGGAGCCCCACAGGUCACCAGCGUGACUCUUGUGGCCAGCAUGGCGGCUCUUGGUGCAGAGUAAACGGGACUGGUUCCCCUUCUGACCGAUGUUUGGAGCUCCGGGAAGGCAGAGUCACCUAUUACAGACUCAAGAAGAAAGCCAGACGGGAGAUUCCCAGGCAGAAGAGCACCAUCAGUCUUAAUGCCGCUGUUUUGGCCAGCGCAGUGGGUUGCUCAGAUUCCGGCACUGGGAAUCAAUAAAUUGGACAUCCACUCAGAAACCUAAUUAGAAAGGCGGUAAUUGUAAAGAGGACAGAUGGAUAAAUUUAUAACGAAGGGAAGAAACCAGCCUAAAAAGGCUGAGAAUACCCAAAAUCAGAACGCCUCUCCCUCUAUAGGGGAUUAUAGUUCCUCAUCAGCAACGGAACAAGGCCUGAUGGAGAAGGACUGUGUUCCAUUAACAGAAGUAGGCUUCAGAAGGUGGAUGAUAAGAAACUUCUGGGAGUUAAAAGAACUUGUUCUAACCCAAUGUAAAGAAAGUAAGAACUUUGAAAAAAGGUUUGACGAAAUGCUAACAAGAAUAGACAAUAUAGAGAGGAAUAUAAAUGAAUUAAUGGAGUUAAAAAACACAAGAACUUCGUGAAAUAUGCACAAGUUUUAAUAGCCCAAUUGAUCAAGCAGAAGAAAGGAUAUCAGAGCUCAAAGACCAGCUUAAUGAAAUAAAACGAGAAGACAAGAAUAGAGAAAAAAGGAUAAAAAGGAAUGAGCAAAGUCUCCAAGAAAUAUGGGACUAUGUGAAAAGAACUAAUUUACGUUUGAUAGGUGUACCUGAAUAUGACGAAGAGAAUGAAUCCAAGCUGGAAAAUACUCUUCAGGAUAUUAUUCAGGAAAAAUUUCCCAAGCUAGCAAAGCAGGACAAUAUUCAACUCCAGGUAAUACAGAGAACACCACAAAGAUAUUCCUCAAGAAGAGCAACUCCAAGGCACAUAAUCGUUAGAUUCACCAGGGUUGAAAUGAAGGAGAAAAUACUAAGGGCAGCCACAGAGAAAGGUUGGGUUACCCACAAAGGGAAGCCUAUCAGACUUACAGCAGAUCUCUCUGCAGAAACCCUACAAGCCAGAAGAGAGUGGGGGCCAAUAUUCAACAUCCUUAAAGAAAAGAACUUUCAGCCCAGAAUUUCAUAUCCAGCCAAACUAAGCUUCACAACUGAAGGAAAAAUAAAAUAUUUUAUGAACAAGCAAGUACUCAGAGAUUUUAUUACCACCAGGCCUGCUUUACAAGAGCUUCUGAAAGAAGCAUUACACAUAGAAAGGAACAACCAGUAUUAGCCUUUCUAAAAAUAUACCAAAAAGUAAAGAGCAUCAACAUAAUGAAGAAUUUACAUCAAUGAAUGGACAAAACAGCCAGUUAACAUCAAAUGGCAGUAAUCCUAAAUUUAAUUAGACUAAAUCCCCCAAUCAAAUGAUACAGCCAAAACCCAACAGUAUGCUACAUCCAGACCCAUUUCACAUGCAAGGAUACACAAGGACUCAAAACAAAGGGAUGGAGAAAGAUUUACCAACCAAAUGGAGAGCAUAAAUAAAUAAAUAAAUAAAUAAAAAGCAGGAGUUGCAAUUCUCGCCUCUGAUAAAAUAGAUUUUAAAGCAACAAAGAUAUAGUGGUAAAAGGAUCAAUGCAACAAGAAGAGCUAACGAUCCUAACACCCAGAUACAUAAGACCUUUAAAGAGAUGUAGACUCCCUAGACUCCCACACAAUAAUAGUGGGAGACUUCAACACCAAUAUUAGAUAGAUCAAUGAGACAGAAAAUUAAUAAGGAUAUCCAGGACUUGAACUCAGAUCCGGAACAAGUAAACUUAAUAAACAUUUAUAGAGCUCUCCACUUUAAAUACAUAAAAUAUACAUUUUUGUCAGUACCACAUUGCACCUACUCAUAGAUUUAAAUGAAAUAUUGAUCCGCCAUUAUUAAGCACGAUUAUUGGCAUAAAAGAGGUUUUCAAUACCCAUUUUUAGAAUAAAGCAACAUUCCCGUUCUCUCUCCCUCUUUUUCUUCCUCUUUCUUCCUCUCCUUCACUCCUUUUUUUCUUUCUUUCCUUCUCUCCUAAAAAAAAAAAAGAAAAAGAAAAUGAUCCUUUGAAUUUCUGCAGUGUUGGUUGUAAUGUACCCUUUGUAAGAUCUGAUUUUAUUUAUUUGGGUCUUCUCUCCUUUUUCUUAGUCUGGCUAAAAGUUUGUCCAUUUUUAUCUUGUCAAAAAAAACAACUUUUUAGUUCAUUGAUCUUUUGUAUUUUUUUCCUCAGGUCAAAUUCAUUUAUCUCUGCUCUGAUGUUUAUUAUUUCCUUUUUUCUAUUUCACUAAUUUUGGGUUGGCUUUGUUCUUGCUUUUCUAGUCCUUUAAGAUGCAUAAUUAGGUUAUUUGAAGUUUUUAUUCUUUUUUUGAUGUAGGCACUUUUAUUCUUUCUUUGAAUUUCUUUGUCCUUAAAGCAGGUAUUUUGAAUUACCAGUCUAAAAGAUCAAUAUCUCUGUUUCUCCAGGAUGGGUCCUAGGUGCUUUAUUUAGUUUGGUCAGGUUGUGUUUUCCUGGAUGGUCUUGAUGCUUGUAGAUGUUUGUUUGUGUCUGGGCACUGAAGAAUUGGGUAUUUAUUGUAAUCUUUGCAACCUGUGCUUGUUUGUACCUGUCCUUCUUGGGAAGAUUUUGUAGGUAUUUGAGAGUACUUCUGUGUUGUGAUCUAUGCCGUAUCUGCACUAGGGGGCACCACAGGCCCAUAAUGUUGUGGUUCUUGCAGAUUGAUAAACAUAAAACCUUGGUAGUCUUGAACAAGAUCUACUAGAAUUCUCUGGAUUACCAGGCAGAAACACUAGUUCUCUUCCCUUACUGUCUCCCAAACAAAUGGAGUAUCUCUCUCUUUGGUGAGCCACCUGGGGCUGGGGGUGGGGUAACAAAAGCACCCCUGUGGCCACCACUGGGACUGCACUGGGUCAGACAUGAAGACAACAUAGCACUGGGUCUCGCCCAGGACCCGCUGUAACCAUUACCUGGCUACGUCCUAUGUUUGCUCAAGACCCUAGGGCUCUACAAUCAGGUGAUGAAGCUGGCCAGGCUUGUGUCCUUCCUUCAGGGCAGCAAGUUACCCCAGGCCAUGGGUAGGUCCAGAAAUGCUGUCUAGGGAAUAGGUACUGGAGUAAAAAUUCUUAGAUGUAUACUUGGUAUUCUAUUCUACUGUGUCUGAGCUGGCACUCAAACCACAAGACACAGUCCUUCCCACUCUCCUCUCCCCUUUCCACAGUCAGAGGAGCCUCACCCAUGGGCACUCCCACCACAGGCCCACAGGGAGUACUGCUAUAUAUUGAAGAAACAUUAAAUUAAUAAAAUACCAUGAGUCUGUAAUAACAAUCAAUUAAAAGAAAUCCAGAAAAGAAUCAUCCCUAUUAAUAGUUACUUUUAAAAAAUGUAUCUGAUAGAAUUCAAAUUUAGGCUAUUUUCUCAAUAUUCUUUUUGCUCCUUUUUUUCUUCUACAACUUUGUUAUGCAUAUGUUGGUACAUCUGAUGUCCCACAGGUCUCUGGGGCUCUGUUCUUUUAUCUUUAUUUAUAUUUUUGUCUCUCAAAAGAGAUAUUCUCAUUUGACCUAACUUUAAAGUCACUGAUACAUUCUUCUGACAGCUCAGAUCUGCUGUUGAGUCUCUCUUAUAAAAUAUUUAUUCCAGUUGUUGUACUUUUCAGUUCUAGAUAUUCUAUGUUUCUUUAUGAUUUCUAUCUAUUAACUUUUUUUUAAAAAACAUCAUUCAUGUAUUUUCCUUUACUUCUUUAGACAUGGUUUCAUAUGCAUGUGAAAUCUCUGGAGAUGUGAAGGAUUCUGGCAAAACAGAGGAGUAGAGAGACUGUUAGGAGCCAGAUCAUGAAGGAUCUGGACACCAUCUUUGUGGGGGAUCAGAGUGGUAAAAGAAGCUAUAUGGAAAGAAGCAGGCCUUUUGAAAGGUCAGAAGGCUUUGCAAAGCAUUGGGGGAGAAUAAGCUGAAGGCAGCUGUGCUCUUACCCUGAGACAGAGGGAGAGAAGAAGGUCCAGGGAAAAGUAGGAGAAUGUAUCUAAAUAGGGUUGUUAACUUAUAUUGUCUGGAAACUGACCUUCCACACAAGACUGCUCCAUGCAAAGAGGGGAGGCAGGGAGGGCAACAAUGUUAAUUACCCAUAGAUUGUGUUGGCCUCAGGCUUUCAACAAUAUGUCUGUACUGAAUAAAAGCAAGCAGCUCCAGCUGAUCAAGACUGCUGCUGACUCUUCCUUGCAGUCCCCUAGCUGCCCUUUCACUGCAUACCUGUGUCUGAGUACUCCUUUCAUCCCUUGCUCGGCCAGGGUCUGUGGGCAGACCCAGCACAGCUUCACAAGUCUGGACUUCAGUUAAGGCAAGUUGGGUGGCACUGAAGGCUUUUGACCAUGAGAUCAAAUUGAUUUUGUAGGAAGACCUAAUCUCAGGAAGUGAAUAGAUGGACAGAUGGGUCAGAGACUUAGAAAUAGGUUAAGGAAUCUUCUUUAUUUUUCCAUCCAACAAAGGAUUUUUGAAGUGGCCGUGCAAAUGGAAAGGAACAGUCAGAUGACAUGGUCUUAUAAAGUAUGGAUAGUCAGGAUUUGGUGACUCAAUGAGGAGGCCCAGAAAAGCAAUCAUUGCUGACGUUUAGGCUUGGAAACAUGGUGACUUCAAGAAGAGCAAAGACAUAUUGAGUAAACAAAAAAUGUAUGGAGUAGUUGCCCCAUGGCAGGCACUGUGCUUGUCGUGGCAAACAAGACAGACAUGGUUCAUAAACAUAUGGCACAUACAGUCCAAAGGAAGCAAGUGAACAAAGCACAUUGCAAUGGAGCAAUGAGGGAAAUUAAGCAGGGUGCUGAGACAGAGAGUAGUCAGAAGGACUCAUUUUAGAUGAAGGAUGUCAGUAAAAAAUGGGAAGUGAGGUCAUGUUUGGGGCUAAAGGUUCAGUUGUAGACGUACUGUUUGCUGAAGCAGGCUGAUGUAUGUGUAAAAUCAUUUCAUAGACUGUUGAAAAGGCAGAAUGAAACCAAGGAGAAAAGUUGAGAAUGGACACAAAGAUUUGGGAUUGCUGGCAUGGAUCUCUGAGGGAGAUUAUGCCCAUUUGAAUUAGGGGUGGGGUGAGGCAGCAACGCGAUAAAGAGUAGUUAGCGGGAUCAGAGAAGGCUCAAGUGGAUAGACAGAAGCAGAAGCUCAUCCUCACCAUCUAAGGGAGUUUCCAGGAAAAUGGCAAAUAUUGUGGAGCAAAAAAGAUGACAGUGAUGUGCAGGAGGACCUGUAAUGGCCUUUAAGGAUUUUCCCGUUUUUAUUAAGGAUAUGGGGGUGAAAUUCAGCUCCUGUGGUUAAGGGUGUGAAUUUUGGUAGGCAGGAAAGAGCUUGGUGAAGCCACUCUUUGGAGAAGUUUGGUGAUGAAGAGAGAGUGACUUGAAGAUGUAGCAGGGCUGGGGAGGGAUUCUCCUGUGGGGAGAAAUGGAGUUUUGUUUGUGUCUAGGCAUAGGAAAGUGGCAAGUUGACUGAAGGUGUAGCUUAGAGAAUUAGAGCAGGGUUCCAGAAGAACUGGAGAGGGACAGAUCAGAGGAAGAAAAGUACUUUGGAAGUCACCUUUUCCUACACUCCAGGAGGGGAAAAUACAGAGGCAGACAUUCUGAGGUACAGAGGAUGCAUGUUUGGAAGGACUUAGUGGUACACUGCAGAAUUUACGUUAUAUACCUCUGAACCUCUUGGUAAAGAAGGAAAGAAUGGGAGAGGUUGGUCAGGUAUGUGGGUGAGGAUGAAUUUUACAAUGUCUUCUGGGGCAAUGGAGGAAUAAAGUGAUUGAUGGACAAGGCUGUGGACCCACUUGAAGUUUAUCCAUUAAAAAAAUUGUAUGAAUGCCUGCUCUACCUCAACUUCCUUAUUCGUAUACUAAGUAAAGUAAUAGUGCUGACCUCUUUAGGAUUGUGAGAAGGAUUAAAUGAGUUAAUUCAUGGGAAGCUUUUACAACAGUGCCUGGCACUUAGUUAGCACUCAACAAGUAGUUACCACUGCUAUUCCAUGCUAGGUGCUGUGCGAGGUAAAUAGAGAGCUCAUCAGUUAUUAUAUUAUCCAGUAGCUCAUAACAAACAGAGGUAGAACAGAGUCAGUGAGUAAUGGAGGUGCACUGGAACUGAGGAUUGGGAGACUGUCACAGGACCAUGGGGGUUUAGAGUCAGGUGGCAGCGGCCUUGGAGUGCAUGGCUCCCUUGCUUGCUCUCAGGUAGGUGUCAGUACUGCGGCUGAAGUCAAGGAGGUGGUGACCUUGCUGAAAGCAGAUUCCUGGCUAGGAACUGAGCAAUGGUGAGAGAAAGGGGAGGUCAAGGUAGCAGAGGAGACAGUGAGGGGCACAGCUCAUUGGAAAGGAUUUUGUAAGGAUUUGGUCCAGCCAAGUGGUCAGUGUUGAGGAGGGGCUGUGGUCCUACCAAAAGGCUUGCCUAUAAAUUAGAACCACGGUUGAUGCUCAUUGUCUAGCUUAGACACAUACUGUGAGGACUGGGACAAGACAGGCGGGGGCUGUGUCUGGGUGGGAAGGGGUCAGGCAUGAAGUUGGUGAAGAAGAGGGCUAGCAUAGAGCACUUACUAAUGCCAACAGCUCCCCUGGUGGUUUAUAGAGUUGAUAUGAGCUUGUGUUUGAAAGUAUGGGGAAAUGAAGUCUCAAAAACUAGCCUUCAGCAUUAUACCACUGAGUGAUGAUACUGGUCAUCAUGCAAGUAUGUUUGACAUAUAACUACUGAAUAUAUUUGCACAUUCCAAGAGCAUUAAAAAGUACCUCUCUCUCUCAAACAGAGUUUAUUUUACUUUUCCUAGAAGUUUUUUAUUCUCUUGACUUUUUUUUUUUUUAAGAGAUGGGGUCCUACCAUGUUGCCCAGGCUGGUCUUGAACUCCUGGGCUCUAGUCAUCCUCCUGAAGUGCUGGGAUUACAAAUGUGAUCCAAAAUGCCUGGCUUCCUCUUCACUUCUUUAUUAUAGUAACUGGCUUCAUUAUUGUCCAAAUACCCCAUUCAUAGUGUGGGAGUCAUCCUUAACUUUUCUGUGGUUGCCAUGCUUCUAGACCAAUACAGUGAGCCUAAAACUCACUUCUCUUUCUCUCCUGUUCUGAAGCUGCAGGUAAUCAGUUUCUUAACUAGUCAUUUUCCUGCUGUCAAUGUCUUCAGCCCCUUGUCAAAAUAUAAAAGAUCAGCUUAACACAUUAUUUAGAAUCACAUGGGGCCUUCACAGCCACCUUCCAGAUGCAAGGCUUUAAAAGGGGUUAUACCUAUUGCAAUCAAUGGCCAUCUACUCUUUAUUUAGUUUUUCUCAUUUCAACACAUCUCUUUUAGUUGUUUCCCCUCUGAGGACUUAGCUAGAUUCUGAGUGCACAAACUGGUAUGAGAGGCGGUCAGUGUCACUGAGACGCAUACAUCCCGAUGGUGAAGUAAGGGCACAGGAAAGAAGACAAAUAAUGAUGCAAGGUUCAACAGAUUCCUUUGGCAGCUAGUGCAAUUAACUCUACAUGGAGAGAAGUCACAUUGAGCUACAUGGAAGUAAGAGGCUAAACCCAACAAAACACAAAGGCAUAUAAUUGAUCGUGGGUGGUCAGGAGAAAAAAGGUGAGCAGAGAAAUAACGCUGGGAAAGCCUGUAGGAUGCUUGAAGAAUAGCUGACCUGUAUAGGGAUGUAGUGAGAGAGAAGUUUAUAAAGUUAAUCUGGACUAGUUUUGAAGCCCAUUAAAUUCCAAGCUAAGAUAUUUAGAUGGUAUCUGCUGACAAUGGGGAUAGAGAUGGGAAUUAUACAUUGAAGACCCCUGUGGGGAGUGGGAGAUGAGAAAGUGGUGCCAUGUUGCAGAGAUGUUUUAAGAUGCUUCAUUGGUGGUACUUAGGAAUUUUUAGGAUUAGUAUGCUGUUAAGAUAGUCUAGGCUUAAAGUCAUGAAGGUUGUACCUAGGUUGUAGCAGUGGAAAUUAAUUUAGUGAACACUUACUGUGUACCUACUAUGGAUCAAGCAUUGUACUGGGUUCUCAUGGGGAACAUAUACACAAAACAUGGUCUCUGCUUGCACGUCAUUCACAAUCUGUAGGAACUGUAUAGGAAACAAGUGAUGAGUGUGACGCUUUUCACAGGUGGGCUUGGCAGUUGAUCGAAUAGGGGUGGAGGACAAGGAAAAACCGGAAUCCUGAACAAUGGUGGGUCCUUGAGAGCUCAGGUCAGGCAGAGGUGCUGGUCUGGCUGCGAGGGACACUUGGCUGGCUGGUGUCUAAUGUGGUGUAAAGGAGACGCUAAAAGUUCUUCCAUGGCUCUCACUGAGCCAGAGAGGGGGCUGGCAGGGAUACCACCUGUUUCAGGGACACUAGAAUUAACAUAAUUGAUACUGUUUUUUAAGGAAACCGUCAGCUGAGCCACAUAAUUAAUGUAUACAAGAUAAUAAUAACCUUACUCCAAAGUUCCGUCCCCAUUAAAAAUAUUCUGGUAUAGAACACUGAAAACAGCAAAUAAUAAAUGCACAAGCUUUUGAAAACUGAAUUAAAUUUUUGUGAAAGUCAAAUUGAGGAAGGAGACCCAGGCAUCUGGGAUUCCCUCCCCCUUCUGUCAUCCACAGUGCAUCUCAAUAGAAGAGAGAGCAGGCCAGCUGGUGCCUCCUGAAUCUCCUUCCCGUAGGUGGCAAGCUUCGUCUUGGGGAAACUCUCUGGAAGACACUGUUUUUACUUAAAACAAUAUCAAGCCAGACACCUUUUCACAUGUGAGUCCUAAGACUAAACCGAAACUGUUUCAUAUGUGAUGCCUGAAGCUGAAAACUGAAACCCUUUUCAUAUGUGAUUUCUAAGACUGUAAACCCAAGAAUCUUUCACAUGUAGUAUCUAAAGUAUAAGCCUAUAUAAAGGUGGAAACUUCCUUUGUUAUAUGAGCUGAGCUUUGGACAAAUUAUCGCUCAGGCUCCCUGGCUGAAUAAACUUCUUCCUUCUCCAUUCCAUGUUCCAGAGACUGGUUGCCCGUGGCCACUCCUGCUGCAAAAUUAAACCAACUGUUUUGAGAUCAAUACUUCAUUGAAUCAAGCUUAUUUAUAAUUGUAUAUUAAAUUAUAACUAUUUAUACUACCACUAGAUGUCACAAAGAUUCAAUUUUAAAAGUCUUUUGAGGCAGUCAUUUUGAAAAAUAUUUUUCUCAAACAGAAAUAAGGCUUUCUAGUAUUUGUAAAUAUAAGGAAUAACUUAAAUUUAAAAAUUGUGAAAUAGUCCAAAUAUGCAGAAGAGUACACAGAAUAAUAUAAGCAAUGUCUUUUAUUCCAACCCAGAUUUAACAAAUAUUACCAUAUUUUGGCAGCCUUUUUAACAAACAAAAUCUUAGUUGAUGUUUUUGUACCCCUCCUUCACGCCAUUCCUCUUAUUUGUUGCCCACAUAUAACCAUUAUCUUAAAAUCAGUGGAUAUAAUACCCAGUUAUACAUGUUUGAUGUCUUAAUACAAAUGUAUAUUUAUUCAUAAAUAAGACAGUUUUUUGGGUGAGAUUUUAACUUAAUGCUUUUUCAUUCAGCAUUAUAUUUUCAAGAUUUACUCCUAGGCCGGGUGCGGUGGCUUACGCCUGUAAUCUCAGCACUUUGGGAGGCCGAGGUGGGUGGAUUACGAGGUCAAGAGGUAGAAAGCAGCCUGGCCAACAUGGUGAAACCUCGUCUCUACUAAAAAUACAAAAAUUAGCUGGGCGUUUGGCACGCACCUGUAGUCCCAACUGCUCGGCUGAGGCGGAAGAAUCACUUGAACCCAGGAGACAGAGGUUGCAGUGAAAUGAGACUGCGCCGCUGUGCUCAAGCCUGGCGACAGAGCAAGACUCUGUCUAAAAAAAAAAAAAAAAAAAAGUAAGAUUUACUCCUGCUGAUACAUGUAUAUCUACUUCAUUUAUUUUAACUGCUGUGUAUUAUACCAUUGCACCAGUUCGUCUAUUGGUGGGUGUCUGGACUGUUUUAAAUGCUUUGCUGUUAUACAUAUACCUAUGUAUGUAUCUCUGUGUAUUUGAGAGAAUCCCAUUGUUUGCCCUUUGCCCCUUGACUCUCAAGUGACACUGCACUAGUAAAGAAGGUCUGUCAGACUCUUCUCCUUAAAAAAGAUAUCAAGGACCACGUUCCUAGGGCAUUUCUGACACAAUCACCUGUUGGAAGUCAGGAGAACAAAUGUGUGAAGUUUCUCUCUUGGUUCUGAAACUUUAGUAUCUAAAUCUGCUGCAGGGCUUCUUAAAAGACACUCGCAGGUAAGUCACUAAGUCUGGGCUAGGCUGGAGAAUUUGCAUUUUUUUUUUUUUUUUUUUGAGACAGAGUUUCGCUCUUAUUACCCAGUCUGGGGUGCAAUGGCACGAUCUCAGCUCACCUCAACCUCCGCCUCCUGGGUUCAGGCAAUUCUCCUGCCUCAGCCUCCCGAGUAGCUGGGAUUACAGGCACGCACCACCAUGCCCAGCUAAUUUUUUUUUUUUUUUAGUAGAGACGGGGUUUCACCAUGUUGACCAGGAUGGUCUCGAUCUCUUGACCUCGUGAUCCACCCACCUCGGCCUCCCAAAGUGCUGGGAUUACAGGCUUGAGCCACCGCGCCCGCAAGCACCCAGAUUGCUGGUCAGCAAUCUCACUUGAGAAAAUGCUACUGUGGUGGGUAUACAAGGCACCCUUGUGCAAUUCCUGGGGCUCAGGUUGUGGCCUUUAGAUAUUGCUAGAUUGUGUUCCAAAGUGGUCACCUGAGUUUACGCUCCUACCCACAGGAUAGAGUUCCCGUUAUGAUGUAUCCUUUCAGAUAUUUGGUAAUCUUACACUUCAAGAUUUUUUGCCCAUGUGGUAGCUUCUUUGUUACUUAAUUAGCACGUUCCCUGAUUAUUAGUGAGGUUACAUAUCCUUUUAUGUUUAUUGGACAAUGGAUUUGCUCUUUUGGGAAACUGCAUGUUCAUAUUAUUUGCUAACAUUUGCUAUUGAUUUGUCUCUUACUGAAUUUCUUUGCUGGUUACAUGUGUUGGGAAAUCUCUCGGGUGAGGUUGGUUGCCUUUUAACUUGGUUUAUAGUAUUUAUUGUUUGGCAAAAAUAAGUUUUAUUUAAAUGUUUCAUUUUUUAAUGUUUUUAAACAUUUUUUUUUCUAUAAACUGUUUCCUAGGAACAUUUUUAAUGUUUUGUGCUUUUUGGUCUUUUGUUUAAUAAGUUAAUGAACCAUUGUUAGUUCUGAAACACUCACGUAGUUUAAGGAUUAUCUUUUAAAAUUAUUUCACGUAUUUUCAUUUAGGUUUUUCAAUUUAAUUGUCUUCAAGUAUAGUCAAUAGUCAAGUUGACAAUUUAAAAAUCAGAGAAAGCAUUCUCUUACCAGUUUUAUUGAAUAAUAAGCAGUCUAGCUCAUUGCAUGUAAUUGGUAAUACUGCUGAAAUGAAAUUUUAAGUGAUAAAAACGAGCCUGCCACAGUUUAAACAUCUCAACCUACUUAUACCCUUGCCAUUAUUUUUGUUUCUUCAAUUUGCUGAAUAAGCUCUCUAAGGAGAAAGGGAAGCAGCUUUUGAAUUAGAGAACUGUAAAGUCUAACUUAGUAGAGGAGAAUUUGCCAGGUGGGAGGUGUGCAGUGAGUGCCCUCCAGUGUAGCUAAGGCUGAUGGUGAUUGGCAGAUGUGAUUUUAUGACUCAAAAGAAAUGCUUCCAUGCUCCAUGUGGCCGCACUGGCUGGAGGGGCACCAAAUAUAUAUUUAUUUGUGUCAGUACUAUUUUAAAAUUCAUUUCUCUCUGAUGUUAUGGUUUAUUCAUAUAAAUGAAAGAGAACACCUACUAUGUACCAGGCCGGUAUACAAGAUACUUUAUGUCAAUUUCUUAUGUAGGAUAGAUAACAGCUCAAUAUUUUAGAGACAAAAGUAUAAGUUCAGAGAGUUAUUUAAGCUUUUGAGAUUCUCAGAGCUGAUCAUUGAGAGAAUGGAGAUACAAAUCCAGAUUUUUCUGACUUUAAAACUUUCUUGCCAUUUCUCAAACUCCCCCACUCUUUCUCAUAACAUUCCAUCAGAACCCACUGUGUUCGUAGGCAUUCAGCCAUUCAUUCUUUAGUGUAAUAUAGCAAAGCUAUUUUACUAAACUAUAAAAGUGGGCUGGGGGUGGAAGGGGAGAAAAAAAAAAAGCGGGCUGGACUGGAUAUACUAGGGAAGUGAAUGAGCAGAUGGGCUGGUGCUAAAGCGUUUGAAUGUGGCCAUAAUACCUUCUGAGAGCCUACAGAACCAGUACCCAAGCAUGAAUGGUGUGGCAAACAGAUAGGAGGAAUUUCACUUGCUCUGUCCUUUUUUAUAAGGUAUUGCUUCUCAUGUUGUAAUUUCUUAUAAAUUCUUGGAGGAUUUUCUUAAAAUGUAGAUUAUAAUUUCCGAGUCUAAGGUGGGGCCCCAGAGCCUGCAUUCCUAACAAGCUCGCUGGUGAGGCUGCUAGUCGAGGAACCACGUUGAAUAACGAGCCUGGGGUAUAUUCAGAAGAGGAGAGGAAACAUGUUUGAUCGGCCUUGGAGUUGCUGGAGGAGGUUAGGGCAGAGCAGCAGUUCUAAGGAAGAUAGUAGAGGGCUGCUUUGGGUGAGAAUGUGGGUGGUGGCACAGUGCCUCUGGCCCAUGCUGCAAGUUCUGAGGCUUUAUGAUGUCUGAUGAUUGAUUAGACUCAGUGAGAGCAGAUAAUACACAGAGCAGUGGAAUUAAAGAUGUGUUUGCUUCAUUGUCCCAGGUUUCUUUGGAUGUAGCUUUGGAAAAAUCAAUGUUAAGCUUUCUGCAAAUGAGGCUGUGAAAGGCUUUUUUCUAAGCUGUGGCAGCCGAAGGCAUUAGAGUAGCUGGCAGCAGAUAAAUAAGCAGCCACAUUUUUUUUUUUUAAUUGAGAUGAAGUCUCACUCUGUCACAGGCUACAGUGCGGUGGCACGAUCUUGGCUCACUGCAACCUCUACCUCCUGGGUUCAAGCGAUUCUCCUGCCUCAGCUUCCCAAGUAGUUGGGACUACAGGUGCGUACCAUCACACCCACCUAAUUUUCGUAUUUUUUUUUAGUAGAGAUGGGGGUUUCACCAUGUUGGCCAGGAUGGUCUUGAUCUCUUGACCUCAUGAUUCUGAUCCGCCUGCAGGCAUGAACCACCACACCCAGCCCAAGCAGGCACAAUUUGUAGUAAUUACUUAUUAUCUUGAAUUGGGAAAAAAUUAACAUGGCUUUAGUAGGCAGUUCAGCAUAGGAAAAGGAGACUACUUGGAGUCAGAAGAGCUGAGUUUGGGUGUUGUGCCACUUACCAGCUGUACAAGUCAAAAUAAAUCACCUAUUCUCUUGGAUCUCAGUUUCCUCCUCUGUUAAAUGGGGUCAGCUCUCCCCACAUCAGAGUUAUUGUGACAGCUGAAUGAGCUGACACUUGUAAGAAUGCUUUGUAAACUGCAAGACUCUCCCCAUUAAUUAACAUAGAAAAUUGGUCUCAGUGAAAGAGUAGGGGUGGGGAGGCUUCCUUCCACAUAGAGGUUUUUAAAAUUGCUCUCAAAUCCCCAAAUGAAAUAGUUAUAUAGACAUUUGCAAACAUGAAACACUUGUGGCCAAAUUGUGUGUAUUUUCGGAAUGAAAGCUUCCGUGGCCUAAGUUAUCUAAGUAAUUAUGUUAGUUCCUCCUUUCACUUAAAAUACUUAGAUUCAAACUGUACUAAUCAUUUAUAUCAAAAUAUUUUUUAGAGUAAAUAAGAGAAAGACGAAAUAACAAGAGAAAACUAAAGCCAGGGUGCUUCAUGGCUGAAUUUUCUUUCUGCACAAUUUUCACUUCAAACAUUCUAACUCACUGUUUUAUUGUUUGGGAUAGGGAUUUGUUUAGUGAAGACAUUAUACUGGAGGAAAAAGGUGACUUGAUUCUGUCUCUCCCAUAGCCUUUGGCUAUAUUGUGUGACUUUCAGUCAACGAUUUAACCCCAUGGAGGAAAGUGUAGACUGAGAGCCCACAGUUCUCCUCUGCCUGUAACUAUCCAGAUUUACCACCCCUGGUGUUGAGUUUAGGGUGAGUUAACCUAGAGGGAAGGACGUGAUAUUUUAAAUUUCUGUAUGUCAAAAAAUUUCAGAUGAGGCAAUCUUCAGUUUUUAAAAUAAAAAGGAGUUACACUGACUGGCUAUGGCCAUUUUGUUUUUAUUUCAAAAUGGAAGCUUUGCAUGUAGGCGUAGGUGUUUCUGGAUGCUGACAGAUGUCGAAUAGAAAUCUACCUACAUUGUGGCAGUGUUCUAUAUAAAUAGCUUUUAGAAUUGACACAAGAUGAUAGCUAAUUCUCUGAAAUAAUUUUGAAACCAUGCAUAUUAUAUUUAAUACAUUAAUACAUUGAUUGGUAUGAAUUAGUUCAUGGCUUUGGCUCAAUAUAUAUUUUUUUCUUUUCUGUUUUUUUGGAGACGGUGUCUCACUCUGUUGCCCAGGCUGGAAUGCAGUGGCGCGAUCUCAGCUCACUGCAACUUCUGCCUCCUGAGUUCAAAUAAUUCUUUUGUCUCAGCCCCCUGAGUAGCUGGGACUACAGCUGCACACCACUAGGCUCAGCUAAGUUUUGUAUUUUUAUUAGAUACAGGGCUUUACCAUAUUGGUCAGGCUGGUCUCGAACUGCUGACCUCAGGUGAUUCAUGCACCUCGGUCUCCCAAAAAGUGCUGGAAUUACAGGCAUGAGCUACAGUGCCCAGCCUGUUUUCUACUUUGAAAAUAUUAAAAGUUGUUCUCCAGCAGAGCUAUGAUUAGCUGGGCAGAGAAUUCCAGAGAGGCACUCAUAAUUAAUGACACUCUGUCUAACAACAGUUGUGCUUGUACAAUCCUCUUUCCUCCCCUCCCCAAGGUUACCCUUGAUUGGGAGAUAAACUGGCCAAUCAUACUCUGCUCUUCUAUUCCACCCAUUCCUGCUUUUUCCUUUGAAAUUACUGGCUAAUUCUAAACACACCCAGGCUGGUUCCAUUUUUACUUCAGCGGGAUGUUUAUCUUGGUGAGUGUGUUUGCUUAUGUAAAAUGAGGACUGUUUACCUAAUGAUACCAACAACCUUCAGAAUAUUGCUUGUGUGUGUGUGUGUGUGUGUGUGUGUGUGAGAGAGAGAGAGAGAGAGAGAGAGAGAGAGAGAGAGAGAGAGAGAGAUGGAGUCUCACACUAUUGCCCAGGCUGGAGUGAAAUGGCACCAUUUCAGCUUAUUGUAACCUCCACCCCUCAGGUUCAUUCGAUUCUCCUGCCUUAGCCUCCCAGGAAGCUGGGAUUACAGGCGCUCAUCACCACACCCAGCUAAUUUUUUUGUAUUUUUAGUAGAGACAGGGUUUCAUUAUGUUGGCCAGACUGGUCUCGAACUCCUGACCUUGUGAUCCGCCCUCCUCAGCAUCCCAAAGUGCUGGGAUUACAGGCGUGAGCCACUGUACCCGGCCCAGAAUAUUGCUUUUUAAUAUAGAAUCAUAUAUUGAGGCUCUGUGCCCCAGCCUCACUGAAACAGUUGAAAUGUCAUGAAGAUUUUAUGCAUGCUCUACCUCUUGGACCUUAGUCCAUGUUCUUCCUGUUGCCUGCGAUACUGUUUCCUAAUGCUACCUGGCAAACAUGUAUCCACCCGUCAGGUGUUUUUCUUGUGGUUAGCCCACUCUAGUGUGGCACAUAGUAUGUGUUUAAUUUGUAUUCCGAGAAUGAAUGAGUGGAAUGUAGGAAUGAGAGGAUGAGUAGGUACGUGGACCCCUGUGCAGCUGGAGUGCAGCCUGUCCUGGUACUGUUGCCCAGCUACCUGUCCUGCCUGCACAGCCACUGUUCAGGUAGCACUCCAGUAGGGCAUGAUGCUUCCUCUCCACAUUUUGUAUCCCAGCACAGACCCGGCAUGCAGAGAGUCAACAGCCAACCUGGCUCUCUGAUUCAACCCUAGACUCAGUAAUUGUCCAUGUUAGGGUCGGGAGGCUGGGCUACCUCCUAGAAAUUUCAUUAUUUGGUUCAAGAACUGUCUUUUGCUCCUCUUUGAAAAUCCUGCUCCUUGAUUUUCAGUUGUCAGAUUGUGUGAUAUUUAACCCAGACCUUUAAUGUCUUGAGUCUUUUUAAAUGACCCAAAAAAUAAUUUUUAAUUUUAAAAAUAGUGACUUAUUCCUUCCAUGACUUAACAAUCACUUAGUGUUCUUUGUUCCUUUGCCAACAGACUGUAAGUGCCUUGAUACCAAAACCACGUUGGGUUUUGUUUGCUAUUUGUAUCUCUAGAGACUACGGCAGUAUCUGGGCCAUAACAGCUGCUCAGUAAAUAAUUAAAAUCAAUGAGUAAAUUAAUGCAAGGGUGAAUGAGCCAAGAUAAAUAUUUAAUUUUAAAAAUUUAGGACAGUUUUAGAUUUACGGAAUUAUUGCAAAGAUUAUUAAGAGAGUUUCUAUAUAACUUAUAUAACCCCCAAUUUAUCCUAUUAACAUUUUAUAUUAAUAUGAUACAUUUGUCACAACUAAUGAAGCAUAAUAUUCAGAUAUUGUUAUUGUCUAAAGUUAAUACUUUAUUUAGAUUUCAUCAGUUUUUCCCUAGUGUCUUUUUUUCUGUUCCAGGAUCCUACAUUGAGAAGUUACACCCUGUCAGGCUCCUCUUGGUUGUAACAGUGUUUCAGACUUUUCUUGUUUUGAUGAGUUUGAUAGUUUUGGGGAGUAUUAGGUAUGUUGCAGAAUGUUUUUCAGUUGGAAUUUGCCUGAUUAUUUCAUCACGAUUAAAGUGAGGUGAUGUGUUCUUGGGAGGAAGGACACACAAGUAAAGUGCUGUUUUCAUUACAUCAUAUCAACAGGACAAACUAUCAUCAGGAUGACUUACUGUUGAUAUCGAUCACCUUGGUCACUUGGCUGAGGUAGUGUUUAUCAGUUUUCUGCACUGUUAAGUUACUUUUCCCUCCUUUUCCAUGCUGUGCUUUUUGGAAGAAAGUUACUAUGUGCACUAUGUGCAGCAUAGACUUAAGGAGUGGGAGUUAUACUCCACUUUUUUUUUGAGACUGAGUUUUGCUCUUGUCUCAGGCUGGAGUGCAGUGGUGCAACCAGGGCCCACUGCAACCUCUGCCUCUUGGAUUCAAGCGAUUCUCUUGCCUCAGCCUCCCGAGUAACUGGGAUUACAGGCACCUGCCACUACACCCAGUUAAUCAUUAUAAUUUUAGUAGAGAUGGAGUUUCACCAUAGUAGCCAGGCAGGUUGUGAACUCCUGACCUCUGAUAAUCCACCCACCUCGGCCUCCCAAAGAGCUGGGAUUACAGGGGUAAGCCACCACAUCCACGUAUAUUCUACUUUAUUAGGGGUAAAAUAUCAAAAUAAAUUACUUGAAAUUCUUGUGCAUGGGAGAUUGGUCUAUUCAUCCAGAUUUAUUUAUAUAUUAAAUAACUUCUUUAUAUCAAGAUGAAUGUAUGGAUUUUUAUUUUCUAUUUCAGGUUAUAAAUUCUACUUUAUUACUCAUUAUUUCAGCUUUGGUCACUGGCAGCUCUUUCAGCUGGUUCCUAUAUCCCUUUGAUAUACCCACAUCUUUUGUUUGUUUGUUUGUUUUUAGUUUUUCCUUGCUUUCUGAAACUACAAAGAUUCCACAGGUUCAUUUCUACCCCAGUGCUAGGAUCAGCUAUUUUUCCAAGAAUUUCUUCUUUCUUUAAUUGGAGAAUGAUUGCAGAAGCCAAGAUCUGGUUGCUAGUUGCUACUGAGAUCUGCUGCUUUUAGGCCUUCUCAGCUGCUAUGUGUGUCUGUACUAACCCAUGUGUAUAUACAUCUAUAAAUAUUUCUCUAUGAAUCUGCAUCUAUUUAAACUAAGCAUGAAUUCAUACUGAUGUCUUCCUGAACGUUUAAUUUUAAAAGUUUUAUUGAAAACAGACAUAAAUCCAGCCAUAUCAAUAAUUGUAUUAAAUUUGAAUGGGAUAAAACACUUCAGCAGGCUUCAUCAGACUGGAUAAGAAACCAAAAUGUAACUAUACAUUGUCUAUAAGAGACAUGGAAAAGUGAUACCAUCUAAAUAAAGACAAAAACAUUAAAAUUAAAGAGUCACAUAAUAAAAGGGUCAAAGUCAUCAGGAAGAUAUAACAAUUAUAAACAUGUAUGUGCUUAACAACAGAGUCCCAAAGUGCAUAAAGCAAAAAUGAAUUGAAAAGAGGAAUAUGAAAUUCAACAAUAAUAGUUGGGAAACUCUAAUACCUGAUUCUUAGUAAUUUACAGAACAACUAGACAUAAACUCAGCAAGGAUAUGGAACUUGAACAACUCUGUCAACUCACUUGAUCUAACUGACAUUUAUAGACUACUCCACCCUACAAUAGUAGUACAUAUCAAAUAUUUUCAGGAAAAACCAUUUAUGGUGGGUCAUAAACAAGUCUUAAUAAAUUUAAAAAAUUUGAAAUCAAACAAAAUAUGUUCUCCAACUACAGUUGAAUUAAAUUAACACAAAUAAAUGUGGGACCUGAGCAGUGAUCUGUCCUUUGGUUCACUUUAUCAAGCACUUUGACAUACUGUUCAGGAUUAGUUCCAUAGGAAAACUUUAUGGUGGUGUUUUCCUUAGCAACUUGGUCUCUCAUUUCUCAGAUUUCUCCCCGCUGUUUGGAUUUCCCCUUUCUUGGUGGCUUUUAGUUACCCCACUCUACUGUGCACCUUCCAUGACUGUGCCUGCAUCUGAAGCCAAAUGGUAGAGGACACACAGACAAGAAAAGCAACAGGGGUUUGCUCUACUUACUUGGGGCCACAGUUGCUCCGGUCAUAAAGUUUUCCCUCAGAGUUUCAGGUUCCUUCAGACCUCCACUAAUUAUUUUGUUUUUGUGGAAUUAUCUUGAGACUGGGGCUUGGGAAAACAGAACAAAGAAAAGUAAAUACAGGCAGUUUCUGCUUACCGUCUCAAAGAGAGUAAUUCCCUUUCGUGUGUCUGAGUUAGAAUUAGAGGACUUUUUCUGGAGUUUUCUGUAUGUGUGCCCUUGUUCCCACCUCUGAGUUUUGUGCCUCCCUGGGUCCAAACUGGAGAUACAAAAAGGGGGAAAAAUGGGAACCUUACUACCAUUUCAGUGGUACUUUGAAUUCUUGUUUUCUUUCCCUAUCUGCCUAAUACUGUUUACUUACCAGAGUACUGAAAUAGCUGCUCCAUGCAUUCUGUCCAGGUUUUACAGCUGCAUUCAGUAGGAGAGACAGGGUGGAGUCUGCCUACUCCGUCUUAUCUGGAACUGUAACUCUACAUGUUUGUUUCUUUGUUUAUUUAUUUAUUUAUAGAGAUAGAGUCUCACUCUGUUGCCCAAGCUGGAGUGUAGUGGCAUGAUCUUGGCUCAGUGCAACCUCUGCCUUCCACGUUUGAGUGAUUAUCCUGCCUCAGCCUCCAGAGUAGCUGGGAUUACUAGCGCGUGACAUCACACCCAGCUAUUUUUUUGUAUUUUUAGUAGAGAUGGGAUUUCACCAUGUUGGCCAGGCUGGACUCGAACUCCCUGACCUCAGGUGAUCUGCCCACCUCAGCCUCCCAAAGUGCUCAGAUUACAGGCAUGAGCCACCACGCCCGGCCUCUGUGGGGGACUAUACCUGUAUAGAUAUGCAGAUAUGUUUCCUUCAAGAGAAAAUAUACUAAUAUAUUAAUUGUAUAUUAUUUAGUAGUGGAACAAUCAUGGUAUUUUUCUUUUUUGUAUUUUCUAAAUUUUCUCACAGUUACUGUAUAUUACACCAAAAUAAAACCCAAUACAUGUUAUUUUUUAAAAAAGAACUCAAAUGCAAUGAAACAGUUUCAGUAAUUGGAUGUCCACAGCACCAUUUGGUAUAGAAAGUAUGAAACAAUUAGUUUCUAUUUCCAUAUAGGAAACCAGACUUGAAAAGCCCAGAGAUGCUUGGGAUGUUGCUUUCUAGGUUUGGAAGAUUACUUUUGACUCCACAAACCAAUUCACCUGGACUGGAUAACGAUCCUGAAGCAUGAACCCUUUCUUGUACCCUAUCUCCCUUUCUUUUUCCUGCUUCUUUUCCAGUGGAUGAGGCCUCGAGGCAGCACUGCGGUUACAAAGUCAAACGCAGCACACACACUGCCAUUUCUCAUUUGGUUCCCAGCCUCCUUGACAUCUUUGAACUUUACAGAGCCAGGUGAUUUUUAAACAGUUUUGAUUUGGACCUUAACUACAUUAAAAUUGAUAAAUUAUGGAUAUAGUUUGGAUGUCCCCUCAAAAAUCUCAUGUUGAGAUGCAAUACCUAGUGUUGGAGGUGGGGACUGGUUGGAGGUGUUUUGGUCAUGGGGGCAGAACCCUCCGGGCUUGGUGCUGUUAUCGCCAUAGUGAGUGAAGUCUCGCGAUAUCUGGUGGUUCAAAAGAGUGUGGCACCUCCCCCCACCUCUUGCUCCAGCUCUCAGCACUUGCUGUGCCUGCUCCCGCUGUGGCCUCCACUACAAGUAAAUAAAUGACCCCUGAGGCCUCCCCAGAAGCCGAUUAGAUGCCAGUACCAAGCUUCUUGUGCAGCCUGCAGAACUCUGAGCCAGUUAAACCUCUUGUCUUUAUAAAUUACCUAGCCUCAGGUAUUUUUUAUAGCAAUCCAAGGAUGGCCUAACACAACCAUAAUUCUUGUCUCAUAAUAUGUGCUGUUCCUUAGUCUUUUCAUGACUCACUUUGCUUAUUUUUCCAUCUGGAGCAGAGGACACAGGGCAGUGAAGACCUAACCCCAAGCUCUGGCUGGAGCAAGAGGUGUACUGUGAUCUUUUAAAAACCAUGGCUUAAUAACUUAAGCCGUAUAAGGUAUAAUGUCCUUCCAUCCUGAUAGCCUCUCUAUUAACAUUUCUUCUAGGACAUGUCUACUAGUGAUAGACUUUUUCAGUUUUUAUUUAUCUAGGAAUGUCUUAUUUUUUUCUUUCUUUUUAGCAAAUAGUUUUGCCAGAUACAGAAUUCAUACUUGACGGUUAUUUUCCCCCAGGACUUUAAAUAUUUUAUCUUACUGCUUUCUAGCCUGCAUGAGUUCUGAAGAAAAAUUGGCUUUUAAUGUUUUUGACUAUAAUUGUCCUGCUCUUUGACUAUUACUACUGUUAUAUGUGAUUAGAUGCUUUCUGUUUCUGCUUUCAAGAUUUUCUCUUUUCUUUGGCUUUCAGCAAUUUUACUAUAGUGUGGCUUGUUGUGUGUUUUAAAAUUCAACCUUCUUAGAGUUUUUUUUUUUUUUGAGACGGAGUUUCACUCUUGUUACCCAGGCUGGGCAAUGGUGCAAUCUCGGCUCACCACAACCUCUGCCUCCUGGGUUCAGACAAUUCUCCUGCCUCAGCCUCCUGUGUAGCUGGGAUUACAGGCACGCGCCACCAUGCCCAGCUAUUUUUUUUUUUGUAUUUUUAGUAGAGACGGGGUUUCACCAUGUUAACUAGGAUGGUCUCGAUAUCUUGACCUCGUGAUCCACCCACCUUGAGCCACCGUGCCCGGCCAGAGUUUGUUGAUAUUCUUGUAUGUAGAGAUUCAUGUCUUUCAUCAAAUUUGGGAAGUUUUUGGCUAUUAUUUCUUCAGAAAUUCUUUCUGUCCUUUUCUCCCUCUCCUGUCCCUCUUGGAAUUUCAUUAUGCAUAUGUUGGUGUAGCUGGUGUUGUCCUACUGGUCUCUUAGGCUCUGUUUAUGUUUCUCAAUUUUUUUGUUUUUACUCCUCAAAUGAAAUAAUCUCAAUUGGCCUGUCUUCAUAUAACCAGGUCACGGGACAGGAUGGGGCUCAGCUUCCCCCCAAUUUGAUGUGCCCACGGUUCUUGGCCUCUCUUUCUCCUAAGAAUGGGAAAGGGGCCUGGCCGCCCAGUGAGCUUACAGUUCAAUUAAAUGUCGGACCCAAAGAGUUUAGCAGAAAGCGAUUUAUUAGGCAGAGAGAGAGAGAGAGAGAGAGAGGGAGGGAGGGAGGGAGGGAGGGAGGGAAGGAGAGAGAGAGGAGAGAGGAGAGAGGAGAGAGAAAUUGUUGUGGGAGAGGUUCCCCUGAGAGGGAAAUUCGGGCAGGCAAGCUGCAGUGGAGUUUAACUUUGAAGUUGUUCCUGCCCCAUUCAUGUUAUUGUCCAAUGAGAGGAGUUCUUUCAGACUCCCUCUGGAGUGAUUAAUCUUUGAAUCUGUUGCUGGAUUGGCUGGCUGGCUGGUCCAGAACAGAGGCCGUUACUCUCAGAGAUCUUCUUAGGCUUUUUUAAACAAAGGAUCACACCUGAAAUUUCACCUAGCCCGCCCGCAGGAAAGUUAAACAAAGAACUCCAGGUUCCCGAAUGGGGAGGUGGAUGUAGGCAUGGUGCUGGAAGUUCUUGCCUUUGAAACCACGCCCCUUAUGUACCCAAGAAGACAGGAUUUUUCCUUUAACACACACAGUCCCUCAUUCAGAUAUACUGAUGCUUCCUUCUGUUUGCCCAAAUCUGUUGGCGAACUCCUCUAGUGAAAUUGCCUUUCUGUUACACUUUUUAUCUCCAAAAUUUCUAUUUGGUUCUUUUUAAAAACUGUUUAAUUAUUUUAUCAAUAUUUACUAUUUGAUGAGACACUGUUCUCCUGAUUUCCAUUAGUUCCUUUUCUAUGGGUUCUUUUAGCCUUUUAACAUAUUUAAGAUCAUUUUAACGUCCUUUUCUUUCUUUCCUUCCUUUUUUUUUUUUUUUAAUUUGAGACAGGCCCUCCCUCUGUCACCCAGGCUGGAAUGCAGUGGUGUGAUCUUGACUUAUUGCAACCUCUGCCUCCUAGGCUGAAGCGAUUCUCCUGCCUCAGCCUUCCAAGUAGUUGGGGCUACAGGGGCGAACCACCAUGCCUGGCUAAUUAAGGUCUUUUUCUAAUAUACCCAAUGCGUAGGUUUUCUCAGGGAGGCUUCUACUCGUUUAUUUUUUCCCCUGUGAAUGGCCAAACUUUCUUGUUUGUUUUUUGCAUGUCUCAUAACUUUGUUGUUAACUGGACAUUUUGAACAUUAUAACGUAGUGACACUGGAAAUCAGAUUCCACCCCCACCCCAGUGUGGCUGUUGCUUAUUGUGGGUUAUUGUUAUUUGUUUUGUUAUUAUUUUUCUGAACUAUUUUUAUAAACUCUGUAUUCUUUGUUAAAUGCAGUCAACAAAGUCCGCGUUCCAUUAGCUUAGUGGUCAGCUAGUGUUGGAGUUUCGUUAAAUGCUUUAGACCAAGAAAAGAAAAAAAAAGAAAAAGAAAGGAGCCACAAUACCCUCCUAGUCUUUGAAGAUUGCCUCCAGGUUAGGUUACUCUUUGAUGCUUGACUGGGCCAUUUACAAUUCUGCCUUAACCUUGUGAAAGGAAAAUAAAUCUUGGGACCCCAAAUCACUAAGCUAAGGGAAAAGUCAGGCUGGGAACUGCUCAGGGCAAACCUGCCUCCCACUGCAUUUGAAGUCAUCCCUCUGUUCACCAAGAUAAAUGCAUAUUCUGAUUGCCUCAUUUGGAAAUCUAAUCAGAAACUCAAAAGAAUGCAACCAUUUGUCUCUUAUCUACCUAUGACCUGGAAACCCCCUCCUAACUUUGAGUUGGCCCACCUUUCCAGACUGAAUCAGUGUAUAUCCAACACAUAUUGAUUGAUGUCUCAUGUCUCCCUAAAAUGUAGAAAACCAAGCUGUGUCCCUCCCACCUUGGACAUAGGUUGUCAAGACCUCCUGAGGCUGUAUCAUGGGUACACGUCCUCAACCUUGGCAAAUAAACUUUCUAAAUUAACUGAGACGUGUCUCAGAUUUUUGGGGUUCACAGCUUUCACUUCCUACUUGCAUAAAACCUGCAAAUCCACCAGAAAUGAAAGCUUAAGGUCUUCUUGGGCCUUUUCAGAGCAUGUGUCCAAACCUGGAUGUGUGCCUCAUCUUCUUUAUCCUCCAGUAUACGUGCUAGCUUUUAAAAUCCCUUAUUACCCCAGGCAUCUCUUUUCCCAAGCUCUUCUUCCCUAGAUUUGGUCUGUUUCUUGAUUGUCCUGAGUGUCAUUUAUUCAUUACCCUAGUCUGCUGCAGCCAACACUUUUGCCUUCAAAUACUUUCAGCAAGCCACUACUUGGGAAGUUGCUCCAGUCCCAGGAAUGUUCUGAAUUGGGCAAAACAAAGGCAAGCCCUUGCACCAAUCCUUCAGGGAGCUACCUGACAGCCUGCUUGAAACUUACAACCACAGUUCUUUGAGAAUAAGGUUCAUGUUUUUCCUUGUGGCAUUAGAACCUGAACUCAGGGUGUGGGUUGCCGUCUUCACAGUCAUGUUGAUCUGGAAAGUGGGAUAUGGCAGGCAGGCAAUUUAAAUGCCAUAGCACUCUAUUAUGGCAGUUUAGCAGCUUCUUUCUUUAUUGGGCUUUUUGUAAAUUCUUGAAUGGAUUCCAGAGUUCUACAAAAGUUGAUUUAGAUAACUUUGCCUUAUUUAUGUAUUUUGUGGAGAAAUGGAGUCCUGGAAUUCUCCACCAUUUUCAGUAACAGCACUCCUUUCUUUACCUUUUUGUACCCUUCAUUGUGUCUUUCUUCCUAAAACAAUUUUAAAAAUUGUUUUUAUCUUUAUAAAAAGGAUAUUAUAUUUCAUAUUAUUAUUUGUCCUUUUUAAAAGCUAUUAUAUAGCCACAGGUUAUCCCUGUCUUUGCAUGUGAUACUGUGCUUCAUGUUAUUAUAUGUAAAUUUUUGGUGCCACAAAAGAAGUAGCACUUGAAUAUAAAUUUUCUCAGCAAGGCAAUUUACUUCUAUAGACGGGUUUGUUGCACAGAUGAAGCAAUGAUGAGUGCACACCUGGACAAGGGAGGGGAAGAAGUUUUUAUUCCUGAUGCAGAUAGCCCCUACUGCUGUGAUGUUCUCCUGUUGGCUAGGGUUGGACUGCACAGUCUAAGCUAAUUCUUACUGGCUAUUUUAAAGAGAGCAGGUGUACGAGCCAGAGUGACUACAGGGUGGGUAGUUUGGUGGGAGGGACAGUUAUGGAACAGGUCAGAGCAGGUAACCAGGGGUCACUCAGGUCAAAGCAGGUGACCAGGGGAACAGAUGUGAACUACUGAUUAUAACUGCUGGGAAAGUUGUUUACCAAAACCAGAAGCAAGGAGGUACAGAAACCAGGAAGUUAAACUUUAAAAUGGAGAAUUAAAGAAUAAGAGAGCUGAACAUACUGACAUACUAAAUCUUUGAAGAGAAAUUUGGAGUUCACUAUAUCUAACAAUGUUUUGCCUAAUGAAGGAUAUUCUGGAGUUGAAGUAUUUGUGGGAGAUUGAUUUGGCCUUCCCUAUGUAAAUAUUGUUUGUAUGCCUUAAUUCAGGGUGAGUUAGCCUAAGGGAUGCUCAUCUUUCUAGGUAUGAAUCAGCAGGUAGUUUUAAAACACCUGGUAUGUGCAAAAUGGUACCAGCCCCUGAAGAGUAUGUCAGUGUGGAAAGUUGGGCCCAACUGGUGCCUGACUCAAAUGUGAGAUGAUAAGGAUGGGUGCAGAGGUAACUAUCUGUGGACACAGAAAUGGAGGGGAGAAUUCUAAGGCACUUUUGAAAAAGAAUUAACAGACUAUGGAAACUUGAAUAUGAUGAGAGACAAUCAGGAAUUGAAACAGUCUCCUAGGGUUUUAAGCCUCAAAAGUCAGGGGAAGAAGUGAUUCUACUAAAAAAUAUAUAUAGUUUUGAAAAAUGACAAUGCAUAGCUGGUUUUGCAUUAUAUUGCAUGAACAUCUCAGGGCCUGUUCUUCAUUAGGUUAUUCCUCAGUGAAGGCAAGGGUCUUAACUCUCCUCUCUGAUUUUGGAGUCUUCCUCCUAUCUAGCUUGUAUUCUACGCUGUCAGAAUGAAACCCAUUUCACUGCUUUUCUGCAGGACUACUUACUGCUUGGAGUAAGUAGUGGCUGGUGAAGUUCUCCCUUUCAGAGCCUCUCUGUCUCCCUGUUGCCUUUCUAAGUUCUGUAAUUCCUUUGGGCCCUAGCUUGGGUCCUGCUUUUUCCAUCAAGUCUUUCAACAUUUCUUUCUUCCUUUUCAGAAUAGGAGUUGUAUAUGGGGUGUGUAGGGAUGGAAAGGUGUUUUACCUUUCCUUACUCAUCGUAAGGGUCAUAUAACAAAACAUAAAUUAACAAGAAAAAAGCAUAAUAAAUUUAUUUUAUCAAAGUUCUUUUGUUUUGAUGUCUACUCUAAACACGUCCAUAUUUGCUUCACUUGUCUAUGCAGAUAUAUUUUGCACAUAAGCAAAAUUAAGAUAUUUCUGUAAAAUUUGUUUUGUAAACUGUGUUUUCCUUUUUGUUGUUUUUUUUUCAACUUUUAUUUUAAAUUCAGUGGGUACACAUGGAGAUGUAUUACUAAGCUGUAUUGCAGUGAUGCUGAGGUAUGGGGUAUGAAUGAUCCCAUCACCCAGGUUUAAUCAAAGUUUCAUGUGACAUAGGAGCCUUCAGAAAUGAAAAUCCAAAGACCCAGGGAAAACUCUACUUUUAUGCUUAGGUUUAAAGAAUGGAGUCCUUGUAGGAAUGUGAAUGGAUAAUGGGUUUGACCUAAUGGUAGUAGACUUAGGUGAGGGGUUCUGACCCAGCAAGACCUGCCUAUUCAGAUUCUUCUUGGCUUCUCUGUGCAGCAUUCCUUCUUCCCAGGUAUGAAGCAGGACACUCUAGACUGAAGGACUUCAAGAGAGAAGGGAAGAGUGGUCUUUCUACAUUUUAUGGCUUGCGCUCGGCUAGAGAAGUUUUAGUUUCUAUGACCUACCUUGGGGAGAGGAAUUCUGGUUUCUAUGACUUGUAUCAGGGAAGAAAGAGGGGUGGGAGAUGGGAGGAGGGGAGAAGAUCAGAGUGACCUUGCUUCUGAGGCCCCUUCAGUCCCCUAAAGUACUCAGCAUGCCAAGGUGACAGACUUGCAACAUUGUUUCCUGAGCCCCAACAAGUGCUUAUUUGGAAUUUUACCCAUUGAGUGUCAUAUAUUGUUGAAAUUACCUAAAAUUUCAGAAAUGUACAAUCUGAAUCAAUUUCAUCUUUCUUUCAUAAGUAACGUAUUCAAGCUCCAGGGUGGCAUCUAUAGGAAAAAUUUGUGCUUCAAUUAGUGAGGCAAAAGAAGUGUUUCCACUGAAAAUACUUCAUGCUGUUAUUUACCCGUUUAAGUCAGAGGAGCUUCUAGCUAUAGAUUAGAAAUGUGCAGGUGCACUUAGCACCUGCACACUCAGCCUCUGCACCCAGGGUCCUCCCUGUGGCCUCCCCAUCAGGCAUGGCAGUAUAGAGUUAGCAAAGGGCACCAUCUGGCAGGGCCUCCCCUCCAGCCCUGCAGCCCUGUGGUGCUGCCUAGGGUCAGGUGCCCUUGAAGCUCCAUCACUAAACUGCUCAGUCACUAAACUGCUCAGUGGGACUUACGGGCACUGCUUAUUGGAAACAGUCUUCCACUGGAUGUUUUAUAUUCAGAGAUUCAUCAGGGGUAAAUCUGACUGAAAGAGAGAUUGAUUUUGAAAGCCAAGUUUCUCCAGAGGCUUGUCAGUGAAGCUUCAGAGUUGAAGGCUGCAGCAUGUCAGUGAGAUCAACUGUGUGCCUUUGACACAUUGGACUUAGGUCAUCAGUCCAAUGUGGAGUUUGCGGGUGGGGGCUGGCAUUGGGACAAUUCAAGCGUAAGAGAGAUGGGGACAGGAUGUGCGUAAGGGAGGACUCAGUUUGUGUUUAUGAUGGUAAAUUAGGGCCAUGAAGUCCUUGUGGGUUUGACUCUCAAAGUAAUUACAUCUGUGCUAAGAUCUGCCCAUUCUUUCUGAAGGGGGUAUAUUGACUACCAUUUUAACUCUUUGUUGAAUUGCUACUUCUUUUAUCUAACAGGUAAAAUUCAUUACAAAAAUGAAAACUUUUGGCUAGUUCUGCACUGCCGGAGCCUUCCAUCGUUAUCUUUUACAGAAACGUGCUCAUGAAUAAGGAACUUCACUGCAGCAUUAUAGUGAUGUGAAAUAACUGGAGAAGCCCAAAAUAUUUAACCACUGGGGAGUGAAUGGUUUAAUAAUUUAUGGUAUAUCCUUAUUGUAGGAUACUAUUCAAGCAUUAAAAAAUAAGACCUAUCUGUAUUUAGAGAUAUGAAAAGAGGGCUAUAAUAUAUUGUGGGCAAAAAAAGUGAGAUGCAAAAUUGUAUGUGUAUAUGUAUAUACACACAUAUACAUACGUAUGCAUACAUACCAUAAUCUAUUCUUGUUCAGAAGAAAAUCAUGUAUAGGUAACUAGACUGCUUAAUAAUAUUAGCUAAUAUUUGUUAAAUUUGUAUUGCGUGCUAGCACUAUGUCUAAUACUCAUCAUACCUAAAUGACCUCAUUUAGUUCUCAUAAUAACACUGUGAGGUAGGUAAUUAUUUAACCUGCUUUACAGUAGAAGAAACAGCACCUUAGAAGAGAGGUUAGGAGGCCUCCUUCAGGCUGCAUGGGUGGUUACAGGUGAAAGUUGGACUCUAGUCCAGAAGCCUGCACUUCCACUCACCAUGCUCUGUGCACUGCUUCUUAAUGUUUACCUGCUAAAAGAAUGUAAGAUAUCCUAAUAUUUAGUUGGAGUCUUAAAGAAAACUCAUACUUGAGAUGGGUUUUUAACGAGGUGCCUCUCAGAUCUUUCCCUCGCACCCUGAAUUGGCAUCCAGGCUGCUGAAGCCUCCUGCACGUGUAUCUAUGGCCAGGUCAUCUCCCCAGCCUGGUGCCUUCCACCCCAUGGUGCUGUUACUUAUUAUAGAAUUCAGAAGGCAGUUACCGCUUUGUUUUCUGUGUUCUUGAUAGCUCUAGGAACCUUGAUGAGUAACUGCUACUUAAACAUCUUGUUCUUAAAUUUGGAGCAUAAUUGUUAUGAUACAGUUCUAACUGCUAGGGUCACAUAGUUCUACAGUUCAAAUUAAACAUUAGCUCGUAUUGCCUCUAGGUUUAAAACUAAUGUACCCAGAAGAAAUUUACAAAGGGCCAGCAAUGUUGAAAUAGCUCAAGUGCAAACAGAGGGGUCCUGUGUGCUGGCCAUGACAAGGUGAUGUUGUCUAAAGUUCCUAUUUGAUUCCUUAUUUGUCCAUCCCUUCCCAGUGGCCUUUUCCUCUCUGAACUUUCAACAGUCUUGUGCCUAAGCACUUCGGUUCACUCCUUGUUAAAGGAGCCGUUGAUUCGCUAUGCAUAUGUAACAUCCGUUACUUUAUUCUAGAAGAGGUCACUUUAUUACCGUUUUAAUUCCCUGAAGGGGUGAUACUGCCACUGCUCAUCAGUUAGCAAAACUCAAGCUUUGGAGCACCAGAAUGUGUGCCAGAAAAAAUGUUUUCAAAUGCUUGUAUAAUAAACUCAGAGUGGAGGUUGGUCACCAGAAUUGUUAGAUGGGGCUACUGCCUCCUAACUUUCGCUUCCCACAGUCUGAGCUUUGAUGCACAAGGUUAUGGUUGAUUACUUUUUAUUGCAUCCUAGUGGGAACUGGCUUCUCCACCCAUCCUCAUUCUCUGUGAUCUCAAUUCCCCACUGUUCCUUGGUUCUGAGGAUGCAGCUGGAUCUGAGAGUGGGAGACGCUGUCGUUUAGUACAUGAACUAGUUGAAGAUACAAUCCUGUGUGACUACUUUUCACGGUCAAAGCAAAGACAAUGCAAGAGUUAUGUGUAUAUGAUGUUUAUUAUGUAUAUAGAACUGAAUAUGUAGAUGUUUAUUUUAUCAUCUGGAAGCUUUAGGAAACUGGACUUUGAUAAUUUCCCUGUAAUGAAUCCAUUUUCUCAAAAGUAUUUUUUUUCUGGAAAAAAAACCCACAUUGUUCUCUGUAACCUCCCCGAAUAGAUACUUUUUAAAGAUCUUGCUUGUUAAAGCGCCUGCCAGCCUCUUAGAGAAGUUGACAGUGUAGGUGAUUUCUGUUAGCAGAAACACGUGGACUCAAAGCUUUUCCUAUAAAGUGAAUCUGUUGUGUAACAUCACGGCUGGCUGCGAAUACAGGUGCGUGCUCCUGCUCUCCCUGAGAAGGUAGAAGGGGAAGAGACCAAUCCAGAUGAGAUGCAGGGGAGGAGGGGACACCCAACAGCAAAGACACUGUUGCAAUCUUUGCCUAAACCGUAUCUCUGAGAAAGAGUUUCUUGUUGCCUGUUUAUCUCUGGGUUACCACGGACCCCUGUUCUCCAAGCUGGUUGUGAACUCUGGGGCACUACUGAGAUUGGCUGAGAGCUGAAGGACAGUCCCAAAGGAGCUUCAGUUCUGCGGAACCUAUACAGCCUUCUUUACCUUACCUUGACCAGGUGCUUAGAGUUUGGAAAGUCAGGGGUAAGAACUGAAAUUCCUCGAGGUAAGAAGACUCCCCUCUUAGGAAAUGGACUCCUCCUGUUUUUUCACAUGAUUAUUCAGGCACUUUUGCUUUUCCAUAUAUAGGAGUCGCCCAGGAGCAAGCUGUGGCAAGCCGGAGGGAGGGACUCAUCUGUGUUCCAUCCACUCCCUCCCUUCCUACCCGUCCUCGCCUGUUCUCACGUGCUCACAGGCAUUUAGGCAGAAGUGAUCUCCGUGGCUCUGCCAAAGAAAAGCCUAUUGGGUUGAAAAAAGAAAAAAAAAAAACAAAA